AAUCUGAGUAGCUCCUUCUUCCUCAACCCUCAUAGAAUUUCAAUUUCAAAAUUCUCCAUUCUGCAUCACCUCAAUCGACUCGCUCAUCUCUCUUAAUCCCACUCUCAUAUCUCCUACCGAAUUCCCCAAUCUCCUCCCCAAACUUGAUUCCCAAGUUUCAUUCCCAAACCUCAUCCCAACCACCCCAAUGGAUCCCCAAACCAUCCACACUGCCGUCCAAUCCCGCUACGGCACCGCCGCCCUCUCCCCCACCUCCCCCAACAGCACCUCCAUCGCCACCGCCUUCGGCUACACCCCCGCCGAACUCUCCUCCAUCCCCAGCGACGCCAACCUCGGCCUCUCGUGCGGCAACCCGCUCGCCCUCGCCGCCCUCUCCCCUGGCGAGACCGUCAUCGAUCUCGGCAGCGGCGCCGGCUUCGACGUCUUCCUCGCUGCCAAACGUGUGGGUCCCACAGGCCGGGCAAUCGGAGUCGACAUGAACGAAGCUAUGCUCGCCCGCGCCAACCGCAACCUCUCCACCCUCUCCCCCACUCCCACCAACAUCUCCUUCAUCCACGCCAACAUCACAGCCAUCCCCCUAGAUAAAGGCAUCGCAGACUGCAUCAUCAGCAACUGCGUCAUCAACCUCGUGCCCACUCCCUUCAAACCCCUCGUCUUCGCCGAAAUCCACAGGUUGCUGAAACCCGGUGGGCGCGUCGCGGUGUCAGAUAUCCUGGCGCGCAAGCCGCUGCGGCAGGAGCUGAAGGAGAGCAUGGCGCUGUAUGUGGGGUGUGUUGCGGGCGCGGAGGAGGUAGGGGCGUACGAGGGGUGGUUGAGGGGGGUGGGGUUUGACGAUGUGUUGAUUGUGGAUGCGUGGAACGAUCUUAAUUUGUAUAAAUCGAGUGCUGAGAAGGAGAAAGGGGGGUGCUGUGUGGAGGGGGAAAGUGCGGGAACGGAGAAGGAAGAAUGUUGUGGGAGCUGCUGUGGGAACGGGAGUGGGGAGGAGAAAGGAAAAAAGUGCUGUGAUAUAGCUGAUUGCUGCCAUAAGAAAGAAUGUUGUGAUUUGGUGCGUUGCGGAGGUGGGGAGAAGAAGGAUUCAUGCCGUGGAAGUGGGGAUGAUGACGGGGUUUUGAAGGAGAUGGCUGUGAAUCACGACUUUAACGAAUGGGCUGGGUCAUUCAAGAUCUAUGCUGUGAAGCCGUAG